UAUAUAAAGCGGACAGGAGAGAGAGGAGAGAGCGCAUUAUUUAUCCUAAGAUACAAGCUAUCUUAAAUCAAAGAGGGAAAAAAGAGAAAAUUGUUAGAGAAAGAUGUCUGGAGUUGGACCAAUCUCACAGGACUGGGAACCAGUAGUUAUCCGCAAGAAGGCUCCUACAGCCGCCGCUAAGAAGGACGAGAAGGUCGUUAACGCUGCCCGCCGCGCCGGUGCCGAGAUCGAAACUCUGAAAAAAUCCAAUGCUGGUACAAACAAGGCCGCCUCUAGCAGCACUACCUUAAACACGAGGAAGCUUGAUGAAGAAACAGAGAAUCUAACUCAUGGACGAGUGCCCACUGAACUGAAAAAAGCCAUCAUGCAAGCUCGAAUGGACAAGAAACUUACCCAGUCUCAACUUGCUCAGUUGAUUAAUGAAAAGCCUCAGAUAAUACAAGAGUAUGAGUCUGGAAAAGCAAUACCUAAUCAACAAAUAAUAAGCAAGCUUGAGAGGGCUCUUGGUGUGAAGCUCCGGGGGAAGAAAUGAAGUGUGACUUUAGAAAGACAGCCAGCCAGGAUUUACAAAGUUAUCCAAGUGUCUCUUGAGUCUUAAGAUUGGUGGUGUACAUGAACUUUUCUACCAUUAUUAUGGCUCGCAUGUAAGAACUAGUGUCUUUCUUUACGCUUUUUAUGGGGACCUGUGAUGUUGGAAUUUGAAUUUGACUCUUUGUUCUUGCAUGCAAUGUUGGUCUUAUAAAUAGUGGUUGUUUGUACUUUUGCAAGUGGUUAAUGUGACAUCAGGAAAUUGUUCUUGUUCAUUGGGAAAUUGUUCUUA